AUGGUCUUCGUACAGGUGAGGCUCGCAUUUCGACCUUCUAUUGCGAAACGUAUAGGGUCUAUGAGUUGCUCAAUUUGUUCGCGACUCGAUGAUCCACGAUGUACCGAUCCCAGCCAAGCCGAUUAUGAAGAGCAAGAUCUCAUGACUGCUAAGCUGCUUUUCGGUAUCCGAAGUAAAGCGCCGGUGAAAAUGACAAACAGCUACGUUAUGUCUAUCCCUUUCCUUUUGGCUGAGAGCUUCAAAUGGCUGAAUCUGGAUCAACAGAUCUCUUACCAGAAUUGUCGGGCCCUAGUUGAGGCAGGGCGAGCUAUAUCACUUAGUUAA